CUGCAAGCUCUUUUAUAGAACCCAUUGGAAUUGAUAAUUUGAAUUUUUGUUGAUUAUACUCAAUAUUAUCAAAUAUUAUCAAACAGCAGAAUCAAAAUAUAACAAAGAUGGCCACCCAAGUUGCACCAAAGUGGUACCCAGCUGAAGACGCUCCAGUUCCAAAAGCCACCAGAAAAACUGCUCGUCCACAAAAAUUACGUCCUUCUUUAGUUCCUGGUACUGUUUUAAUUUUGUUAGCUGGUCGUUUUAGAGGCAAACGUGUUGUAUAUUUAAAGGCUUUAGAAGACAACACCUUAUUGGUUUCUGGUCCAUUCAAAGUUAACGGUGUUCCUUUACGUCGUGUUAACGCUCGUUAUGUUAUUGCUACCUCUACUCAAGUCAAAUUAGAUGGUGUUAAAUUAGACAAAUUUAAUGUUGCUUACUUUGCUAGAGAAAAAUCUUCCUCAAAAAAAUCAGAAGCCGAUUUCUUUGAUGAAAAAGCUGAAAAAAAACCAAUCAAAUCCGAAAGAAUCACUGAUCAAAAAUCUGUUGAUAAUGCUUUAUUAACCCAAAUUAAAAAAACUCCUUUAUUAAAACAAUACUUAGCCUCAAGUUUCAGUCUCAAAACUGGUGAUAAACCACAUCUUUUAAAAUUCUAAAUAAGGUUCAUUUAAUAUUAUUUUCUCAAUCCUAAUUAUAAAGAAAUAAAAGAUUUUUGUAAUAAAUAAAUGUCUAUAAAUAUAAGAAAAAAACUAUAAAAUUAAUUUAACAUUAUCAUUUAAUUUGUAAUGGUUGCCUCCAAACUUUUGCUGUUUUUGAUUAUAUAUAUUAUAAUAUAAUAUAAUUACCAAUGUUCUUUUUUCUUCAGGCUUCUUGUUUAGUUUUAUAUUUAUGAUCUUUUUUUUUUUUUACAAUUAUCUUUUCUACUCUUUAUACCACUGAUUGUUUAAAUAGUUUUUGUGAAAUGAAUCUAUUUGGUAAUAUUAAGUAACCUUGACUGUCUUUCAAAAAAAGACUGUCUUGUGUAUUAUAUUUCUAAACUUCAUUUUCAUUUUCAAAUUGUAGUUUAUAAACUCUCUUUAUUUCUUCUUAAGUAAUGCAAUAUUCUAUGCGC